UAGAUGAAAAAUUCUUUGUGUGUGUGUAGUUGAUUCAAAAUGUCUAAAUCAAUGGAAAAUUAUCUAUACCGGAUUUAUUGUCAAUUAUCGCCAUUUUAUUUGAAAUCUUUUUCACCCAAUAUACAUGGUUCGAUUUUUGAUUUUCAUACCAAUUUUUGUCUAUUACAGGACAACAAUAAUAAUAAUAAUAAUAAUAAUCGUUCCAACAAAAAAUGGCUAAUAUGGGCAAUACCAUAUCAGGAACGUAUUUGUUUUUCAUUAUUAAUAUUGAUAUCAUUUUAUUAUGCAACUUCUGGCUAUAAUUUCAUCCAUUAUGGUGAUACAUUUGAAUUUUUGAUUGGUGAUUUUAGUUUAAUCACUGAAGUUAAAUAUGGUUCAUCAUUACGACGUACGUAUUCAUUGUUCACGACGUUUGCAUUUCUUACCGUUGGUUUCACUAUUUAUCAAUCAUUCAAUACAAACGAAUCGAAAGCAUAUCGUACAUAUAUUAUGUAUUUACGUGAAUUUGAUAGAAAUCAUUAUGUUUUACAUAGAUCCAUUAGAAUGAAUAAAAAACAAUUAUCCAGAUCUACGAUCAUUUUUCUCAAUUAUUUGCGACGAAGAUUUGAUCUGAAAAUCACGGAAUUUAAAUCAUCAUUCAAUAAAUUUUAUUGUCUGGCCAGAUUUUUUCAUUUCAUAGUCAAUUGUUUAGCUCAUCUGAUCAAAAUGGACAAAUUCAUAUAUGAACGACCAUUAUGGCAAAUUAUAGGACGUGUUUUUGGCUUUCAAAUUACAUGCAUAUCGAUCGAUUUCCUACUGAUAUUUGCCUAUUGUCCAAUAAUGAUUGGCUAUUUUAUCACUAUGAAUGGUAUACGUUCGAUUAAUUUGUUACGGCGAGAUUUUUUGGAUUCAAUAAACAAAAUUCAAAUGAUUUCUUCGAAUUGUAAACACAAAUACAAUCAGACAGUUAAAUUGAACAUAUUGAUUGAAAAACUUAUCCUGCAUAGAUAUAUGAUGUAUGUGCGAUUGAAUAUUUUUUCCGAACAAAUUAUACCAUAUUUUUCGCCACUAAUUAUUCUAUCAACAAUAAUAUCAUUUGUAACCAAUCAAUUUAUUUGGAAUUGUUUACAACAAAUACGUGCUGAUCAAUAUCUAUUACGUUGUUUGUUUUAUUAUUUUCUAAUUCUAAAUUAUUCAAAUAUGUUAAUAUUAACAUAUUGGAUAGCGAAAUUCAAUGCAAAACUUGAUUCAUUGAGAUAUGUUCUGCAAGCAACAAUAUGGCAUACAAAUCCAUUGUCGAAUGAUCGUUUUAAAUUUCAUUUAAUGUUCAUCCAUGAACGUAUGGUUAGUAGAAAACCAUUUGGGAUGAAAAUUGGUCCAUUUUCAGUGUUGACACGGUUCGUUUUUGUAAAGCUCAUCAUUAUCUAUUGUCGUUUCACAAUGUUAUCGAAUAAAUUGUUUCAAUGAAUGUGGCGGAAUGAUUAUGAUG